UGCGCGGUGACAUCAUGCGGCGCUUGGGUUAGUGCAGUGUCCCGCCCGGGCUCCAGUGCUGGAAGUGCUGCCUGCUCUGACCCCGGCAUCUGACUGCAGCUCUAUAUGGUGGAUGUCAUCUUGCCCUGCCCGCUCUUGGCUGCUAUGGGAGAACAUCCCAAAAAGAAGGCCGGUGUGGCCGUGUGUGUGGGCUGUGGCAGCCACAUCCUCGAUCAGUACAUCCUCAGAGUGGCCCCCGACCUGGAGUGGCACGCGGCCUGUCUCAAGUGCGCCGAGUGCAGUCAGUACCUGGAUGAGAACUGCACGUGCUUUGUGCGAGACGGCAAGACUUACUGCAAGAGGGACUAUAUCAGGUUAUUCAGUACCCGCUGCCCCAGAUGUCAGGGGACUCUGCCUCGCUCGGAGCUGGUGAUGAGAGUGGGGGAGCGAGUGUAUCACACCGAUUGCUUCCGAUGCUCUAUCUGCAGCCGCCGCCUCCUCCCGGGGGAAGAGAUCAGCCUGAGGGACCAAGAGCUCUUGUGUGGGGCAGAGCACAACCUCCCAGACUCCGGCAGGCCCUCAUCCCUCAGAUCUCACAUCCACAAACAAACAGAAAAGACUACCAGGGUCCGGACGGUACUGAAUGAAAAGCAACUACAUACACUGCGAACAUGCUAUGGGGCCAAUCCCCGUCCAGACGCCCUGAUGAAGGAACAGCUGGUAGAAAUGACUGGACUCAGUCCACGGGUUAUCCGGGUUUGGUUUCAGAACAAACGAUGUAAAGACAAGAAGAGAUCCAUUUUCAUGAAACAGCUCCAGCAGCAGCAACUGAGUGACAAAACAAGCCUGCAGGGCUUGACAGGAACACCAAUGGUAGCAGGAAGUCCAAUUCGGCAUGACAGCGCUGUGCAGGGAAGUGCUGUUGAGGUACAGACAUAUCAGCCACCCUGGAAAGCACUCAGUGAUUUUGCAUUACAAAGUGACCUGGAUCAGCCUGCAUUCCAACAACUGGUGUCUUUUUCAGAGUCUGGCUCCCUGGGGAACUCCUCUGGCAGUGAUAUCGCCUCUCUGUCCUCUCAGCUUCCCGACACCCCAAACAGCAUGGUGCCCAGCCCGGUGGAGACGUGAAGACCGACACUUGGAAGUCUGCCGCAUGGACCCUGCAUGAAACCCCCUGCGCCCUACUGAGAAAUUGGCCCAGCAUUUGGACACAACUCCGCCGCCUCCCGUGCCCACCAAAAGUCCCCUGGGAUUCGGGGCCAAACAGGGAUUUAUGGUUCUUUUUGGAACUACUCGCCCGUGUUUAUUAUUAGUGGGAGAUGGGACUUGGGUUGGACGCUACCACAGAGACCGGAUAGGGGUUUGUUGCAACUGCUUGAGGAUCUGCCUUCUUAUAGCCAAUAUGGCAGCGGGAUACAGAGAUAUUUCUAUAACUAUCAAAUGCUUAGUCAUUUGGUGGAAAUGCUAAUUUAUCUUGUGGACCAAGGACUUUAUUACCGAACAAAAGUAAGUUAUUCAUAUUUAUUGUCAAAUCUGCAGUUACAUUGGAUUCUAAUGUGAUCUUAAUAAAAAAAGAAAUGAAAUGAGACAAAAAGGUUUGUUAUUUU